AAUGACGAGGGCGCUGCGCCGUCCCCAUUGGCUGCAGAGCAGGCCGGGCCCAGCUCGAGGACCCGCCCCGCGCGGUGCGGCACCAUCGCCCUAGUAACCCGAUGCUGAGCCGGGCGCGACCACCCGCUCUGAAAGGGGGAGGCCGCCGCUGCCGCCGUCUGUUUCGUCCUGUCGCCACGUCCCGCGCCGGUGCAGAAUCGCUCCGAGAUCGUCUCUCCGCUGACUGUCUCCGCUUUCCGCCGGCGAUGGGGCGCGAGAGGUGGGCGGCGGGGCGGCGAGCGGCGGCAGCGCGUCUAUCCCCCCCCUCGGGCCGGCGUGCUGUUGGUUGGGCCCAGAAGAUGGCGUCGGGGCGCGGGUGCGUGUCCCCCGGUGUCCCAGCCCCGCGCCCGCCCUAGCUGGCGCCGGGAGGCAGCGGCGACCCCCGGGAGGCGAUGGGCGAGUGGGACCGGGUGUUCCGGCAGCACCUGCCGCUGCCGCCGCACCCGCAGCGGGGCCGGGCCCGGCCCCCGCCCCGCUCCGCCGCCCUCCGCUGCGCCCUCAAGUACCUGCACGGCGCUGCCCUCUCCCAGGGAGCCGAGUACCAGCUGCGCCUGUCCCUUUUUGAUGCCACCUACCACCACUUCUUUGGGAGGACGUGGAGGAGCAGCUGGCGAGCGGCCAGCGCUGCCCCGCCGCGCUCGGCCAGGGCGACGUUCAACGAGGUCGUUUACUUCCACACCUCCUUGAACCACCCUGGCAUCGCUGCUGUCGUGGAAGUGGUAAAGAGAGCUGGGAAAGGGGAUGGGGGCUCUCAGCACCUUUCCUGUGGCUUUGGAAUCAUCCCCCUCUUCCAUGGUGGAUCAGAGGUGACAGACCUGGCCACUGAGGACAGAGCGCUGAAGCUGUACCAUGGGACACCACGUGCCCUACUGCACCCACGCUUCCAGGACCCUGUGGAAAAGAACAAAUACAUGACAGUGAUGGAGAAGAGCCACCUGCAGUAUGGCCUGAAGUCCCACCAGCCCCUGGAGGCAAUAUUUCACCUACUUCCUGAAAACCUGCUGAUAUCUGGGCUGCAGACUGUUCCUGGCUUGCUGCCGGCACGUGGAGACACAGGAGACUGCUUGCAGAAGCCCCGGCUGAUGAAGACGGUCACCUGCUACCUGGAGCGGCUUUCCAUCCAGUUGUACCCUUCCCUGGAGGAGUUUGAGGAGGAACUGCUGGAUUUACUGAACAGUGAUCGCUUACUUCAGGCUAACAGUGCCCCAGAUGGUGAGGAGGUGGUGGUUCGGGAGCGGCGGCUGCACGUCGGCGUCCACAACGGCCUGCGCUUCGUCCGGGCACCGCAGGUAGCUGUGCUGGUGCCAGCAGCAGAAUUGUCACCAGGUCGCUGCCAGGGGGUGCCCAGCUCUGGAGCCAGGGAUGGUCAAGCCCUAGUGCUGAGGAGCCGCAUCCAGCUGAGUGAAAUGGUGCCUCACCCGGCAUUCAGGGUCUGCUUCCAGCUGGAGUAUGUCUUCUGCAGCACGGGGAGAGCUGGUGGCAAGGCCCUGUCGGGCAGUGCCCGCAGCGAGGCGGCCGACAUGCGCUCGGUGCGCUGGGCUGUCUGGAGCCCCGUCCCGGGCACCGCUGACACGGAUGUGAUCCUGCCCCUGCGUGGCGGUGCCCGCCGUGGCCCCUGCCAAACCUUGGUCUACCAGACCCCACCGAGCUCCCGGCAGCUUCAGGGGAAGCACGUGGAGUCUGGGACUGUCCAAUUCCAUGUUUCCACUGAUUCGGAAGAACAUCUUGUAACUGCUGCAGAGAUCCUAUGUAAAGACAGGGACGAGUCGAAGAAGCCUCCUACGCCAUCGCUGAGAGUGCCAGCCCCACAGAGAGUGCCAGUCUCCCCACGGGGACCUGGGCUGUCAGUGUCCCAGCUCGUGGCCUCACCACGGAGCACAGGCCAGACCCUGCAGCAGGAUGGGGGCAUCACCCACCUGGAGGCCGUCCUGGGCUCGCCGGACGCGGAGCCCUGUGCCAGCGAGCAGCUGCAGGCACUGCCCUUCACCCCUCUGCAGCUGCCCAUGGCUGCUGUGGGGCUGCAGGCAUGCAGUUCCCACGUGUCCCUGUCUCGUGCCGCGCUGGCGCGCCUGCACGCUGCCGGCUUUCCAGACAUCCUGGACCUCAACCAGGAGCCAGUGGAAAUCUCAGAGCCAGUGGAGCUGGGCAGUUUCAACCUGCGGCUGGAGGAAGCUGACCCUCUGCAAGGCAAUGAAAUAGUCCUGCAGUUCCUGGCUUUUGGCAGAGAUGCCCAGGACAGCGUGGAGGGGCUAUGGCCAAGGACUGUCUUCCUCACCUUCCAGUUCUACCGUUUCCCACCGGUCACCACGCCCCGGCUGCAGCUGGUCAGCAUGGAUGGGGGACUGGCAGCUGGGCUGGCUGUGCCUGCACAGCUUCUUGUCCGUGUCAACGAGGAUGGGACCCUGACCAGACCACCAGGCUUGCAGCUGAAGUACAUGGUGGAUCCAGCUUUCCUGAGGCCUGGGGAGCAGAGCUGGUUCCUGCGGUACCUGGCUGAGCACAGCCUCCAGAUUGACGUCUGGGAUGGAGACUCCCUGCUCCAUUUUGGGUCUGCUGCCAUUAAACUGGAGCCCCUGCUGCGCCAGGGCCAGACGUCUGUCAGGACCUACCACGAGCUGGAGGUGGCCACGGCGGAGUACGAGGCGGACGGGACGGUGCUGGGCCGGGAGGCUCUGCGGCACGGCGCCCUGCGGCCCCUCGGGGUCCGUGUGGCUGUCAGGGGCCGCCUGCACCUCUGCCUGGCCAAUAUUGGUCACCCAUGCGAGGAGACCCCAGGGCAGCUGCCGUCCCAUUCCUGCAUUGCCACUGCAGCAGACAGCACUGUCACCACCCCAGGUGGCAGGGGGUACUCCCUGAACACUCCAGGUGGCAGGAGGACGGUGUGGGCACGGAGGCUGGUGGAUGUGGACAACGAGCUGGAGGCCGCACUGCGCAGUCGCCGGCCAGAAGGCUGGCCAAAGCAGUGUGCCUGGGACCUGCAGGUCAUCGACUCCUACCGGGAUCACAUCAAGGGAGAGAGCAUCUACCAGAUGCUCAGCCAGGCCAUCACAGCCACCCGCACUGUCCACGCUGUGCUGGGGACAGCUGAGUUCUUCGAGUUCGCCCUGAAGAACCCGUACGGCGUCCAGCACACCGUGACCAUCGAGGUCGACCACCCCGAGCUCAGUGUCAUACUGGACCCGAGGGAGUGGCGUCACUUCAAGGAGCUGACCAAGAGUGUUACACCGGUGGAAGAGGACAUGUUCCAUCUCCGUGAGGACCUCAAGCCUCAGGUCUACCUGCGCCCCAGUGAGACUGUCCACAUCCCCUUCAAAUACCAGACCUUCUCUGCAGACCCUGCCGUGGUUGCAGCACAGGGGCCAGCUGGGCUGGGCACUGGUGCCAAUGAGAACGCUCACUCCUUUGGGAAGAGUGGGGCCAAGCAGACAAAGCUCAUCCAGGUCUCCUUCCAGGUGAGCAGGGGGAAGCCCAUUGCACUCCUGAGGGUGAAGGUGGAGCCACAGCCCCAUGUGGUGGAUCAGACCUUUCGCUUCUACCACCCAGAGCUCACCUUCCUGAAGAAAACCAUUCGGCUGCCUCCCUGGCACACUCUCCCUGGCACACCAGUGGGGGUGCCGGGAGGGCAGCCUGAGAUGUUUGUUCGCUGCAGUGACCCCGACAUCAUUUGUGAGACCAAAUCCUUGGGGCCUGGCGAGCCACAGGACAUCUUUCUCAAAGUAGCCGGAGGACCAAGCCCGCAGAUCAAAAAAUUCUUUGUUGCUAUUUAUACGGACGCCUGGCUGGCAGCACCUGUCCAGAUCUGGCAGUUCUACCUGCACUCUCUGCAGCGCCUGGACGUCGCCUGCACGGCUGGACAGCUCACACGUCUCUCCCUGCUGCUGCGCGGCACCGCGGCCCCGCGGAGGGUGCGCGCCUUCCCCUCCCACCCCCAGGAGCUGGAGGUGGAUCCCAACGGUGCCUUCCUCCUGCCUGCCAAUGGCGUUCAGGACCUGUACAUCGGUGUGAGGCCACGGCGGGCUGGCAGCAAGUUCAUCUACCUCAACCUGGUGGAUGUGGAGUCCCACCAGCUGGUGUCCUCCUGGCUGCUCUGCCUGUCCUGCAGGCAGCCUCUCAUCUCCAAGGCCUUUGAGAUCUCUCUGCCUGCGGGAGGUGGGAAAGGCUGCAACAAGCGCAUCACCUACACCAACCCCUACCCCUCACCCCGCCUCUACUUCUUGUGCACCAACCGCCCUGACCUGCUGCAGUUCAAGGAGGACUCUUUUGAGGUGGCUGGAGGGGAGGUGUACACCAUCGGCCUGCGCUUCGCCCCGAGCCAGACUGUGGGGGAGGAGGAGAUCCUGAUCCACAUCAAUGACCAUGAGGACAAGAACGAGGAGACCUUCUGUGUGAAGGUCCUGUACCAGUGAGGCCUCCUGUUUGUCACUGCAGAGCUGCUGCAGGUUCCUGUGCCAGCCCACACCACCUUGGGGGUAUCUGUGUCUGAGGGUGCUCAUGACCCCCAUUCCCUGGCUGUCACCUUGCCAGUGGGAUCCCUGGGCAUUUCCAUGAGUGCUGGUGGUGCCAGGCAGCUCCCUCUGCACAAAUUGAGACGAGUGGAUGUGUUACGGCACUUUGUGAUUGCAGGAUCUGUAUUUUUGUUAGGCAUGAUGAUAUUUUAGGCACUUUUAAUCUUUUUUUAACUUAAAAAGUUUGCAGAUUUGAUUCUGCGGAAUAUUUUUAUUAAAAUAUUUUAUAUUCAACGGUGAGUUUUGUACACACUAA